CAAAAAACAGUUGAGUGUCACAUGAUCAACUCAGCACUGAGCAGAAGAGUACUCGGUUUGUGAAGGAUGUAACGGCGGAGAGAUGUGAGGAAAUCUCGCAGUGAAGGCAAUCGCCGAUCUCGACGCCACCUCGCAGUGGAUAUGCUCAUGUCACUCUCACCGAUCUAAUCGUCUUUUAUGUUCCUUCAAACAACGUACAACUGCAAUAGCUCCAUUGACAAGACUUUUACUGCAAGAUACUGUCCAUCAACAGUCCUUCGGUACUUUGUUGCUGUAAAAAUAGAACUUUCCUGUCGUCUUGAGCUUAAAUCAAAAUUGCAGUGAUGUACAGAGUGCUUUUACAGGCGCUGAUCUUGUUAGGGUUGAUUAGAUUCUGGAGGCUUGUUCGAAGAGUGCAUCUGAUAGCUACAGAGCCACCGGAAGGUGGCAGGAUCGCUCACGGACGGUGGCGGUUGCAGUCUAAGAGUAGGUUAUGUUGUGGAAUCGUGAAGAAGUGCCGUAAUGUCAUCAGUUUGAGCACUGGAACUGUUUGGAUUCGGGAAUGUACACGUUCGCGUACUGUACGUGGAUCCGAUGAGCAUCAUGCGCGAGAAUUGAGGAGUGCGUUGAAGAUUGAGAUGAAUCACAGCGGAUGGCCCACUUGAUCGGCUGCAACUACAUACUAAUCGUUGCUUAGGGAUCCAGAAUCGCCUCACUUGUUGGAAUUUUAUACUAAGUAACUACUGUAGGAAGACAAACGUAUGUAGACACUCUCCAAGCGCCACUUUAAAAAAAAAAAAUUAAAAACAGAAAUUGAGAAUGAAAUGAUGGUCCGAAUUCUUAGAAUGCAGUUCGCAACACCUUCUUAGGAAUCUCAUAUAAUUCUUCAUUUGACCGUCUCGCCCCUGACUCUUGCCAAACCCUCGAUGAAGCGUUACAGGAGCUGAGAGCAGUGAACUUGAUGUUAUGAGGCUCUCCAAUGUGAUGUCUCGUUGGUUUUGAAGUUGAUGUUCUCGACCGAGUGGCGAUGGUGAGACAUCAUCGGCAUGGAUAACAUUUGAAUCACGGCAUAGUUGAUUGAUCUGGUGAUCUUUAAAGAUGAGGAAAUUGUGAGAAGAAAGGAGUGAUUCAUGCUUCUAGAGUAAGUGAUGGAGGUCAACGACGUGUCAGGGGCAAUAGUUGAGGCAGCCUGGGCUGCUCUUAAUACACACCAGCAGGAGACGGAAUUAAAGGAUCUUCUUGCUGCCGAGAUGCUUGACAAUGAUAAGUUGCGUAAGCGUUUAGGGAUUUACAAGAAAGUAAUCGAGAAUCUGGAACUGACUGAAGCAGCAGCUGCAGAAGCUAACAUUGACAAUCUCGGCUCCAAUUCUGCAAGAAUGGCAUCAUACCAAGAGCAACACACCCCAGAUAUUUGUGAUGAACUGCAAGACAAACUGUCCUCGCCAGGGUUUCUUCAUCAAUUGAUGCACAAAGAGGGUGGCAAACCACUGUACCCCUCGGCAACAACAGUCGGAGAGGAAGAAGGAGCAUGGUUGUUUGAAUCGGACGACACCAUCUCGCCAAAGGAGGAAAGAGAUGAACUCGGGACCAACGAAGGCUAUGUGAUAAUAACACAGCAAGAUAUUGUGGAUGGUGUAGCGUGCUUCGUUGCCCGCUCUAUUACUUCUCUUCCUCAAAGCAAGUGCGUGAGAGGCAGCUAUUAUUUUGGCAUUUUCAGAAUUGCGGAAGAAUGGAAAAUUGCGGAGCCUGUGGAAUUGUGCGCAUUUGCUGUACGCUGCAACAUCGUGGGGGUCCACAGCCUUAGUGCUGUGCAAAAACCCAGUGAUCAAGCGAGCAGCGUGGAUGGCAGUGUAUACCUCGUGUUCUAUCAUCUUGGGCCUCUUCUCGUGAUUUGCAACUACAAGGACUUAGUUGUGAUUCGAGCAUUCUACAAGGACUUAGUUGUGAUUCGAGCAUUCUACAAGGACUUAGUUGAGAUUGAAUGUUGCACAUUCAAAUAAUUCUGGUUGAAUACUGGACAAAGAUAAACGCAACUACAGUACAAUCGUCAAGACCUCGGCCUAUUCAUCGAUUCUGGAAAACCGAGUGAAAUGCGGGCUCUACAUUGUGGAUAUCAUCACAUACGCCGUGAGUACCCCGAUCCUUUGCAUGUUUUGCAAAGGAUUAGGCCUGCCAACACCACAACACACAGUUGCAUCAGUUUGCUGAAAUGACAAGAACGGUUUUGCAGAUUGGUAUCCAGCUUUAAAAAAACUUCCAUGAGCGUUGUCCACCGCAGAGUUCACGUGGACCUUUUAAAAGCAAUCAAAGAUUUCCUAUUUCUGAUGUGUGAGGACUUGUGUAGGAAGAAAUACCUGCUCCUUUGCAGACACGGCAAUCCGUCAGCCCAGCUUCUGUCUUCAUUUUCCCGUCCACGCAGAAUACACAUUUUGUCCCUCCUGAUUCAGAAAACCAUGCAAAAUUUUAGAUACGAUGGUUGCUUUCAGAGGCAUCAAUUGGAUUGACAUUACCAACGUACGUAGAGGCUCAAAUCAGAUAGACGUCCAUUGAGGAUUUACAAUGCUGAAUUAGUUAGGGCGAACAAAGGCUGUGCUGUACUUGGGAAAUACAUUACAAUUGGCCAUUGCUUGUGGACUA